GGCAGGCAUGUUCUGUCAGACAUUUCCCAAAUUAUUCAAAUAUUUAUUUAUUAAAUAAUAAUAAUAAUAUAUUUGUUUACUUCUUUAAUCCAAAUUUUAAAUCUUCAUUGAAUGCUUUUUUUUGAAGCUUUUCUAAUCUCUUCGUUGAUCCUUCCUUCCUUCCAUUAACGAGAUUUCGAAUCGAGACCAGAUCUGCGUGAAGAAGAAGAAGAAGAUGAUAGAGAAGUGUAUAGGAGCGCAUCGGUUUCGGAGAUUACAGAGAUUCAUGCGUCAAGGAAAAGUGACGAUUCUCUGCCUUGUUCUCACCGUCAUCGUCUUACGUGGCACAAUCGGAGCCGGUAAGUUUGGUACGCCGGAGAAAGAUAUCGAGGAGAUCCGUGAGCAUUUCUUCUACACGCGUAAACGCGGCGAGCCUCACCGUGUCCUCGUCGAGGUCUCUUCCAAAACGACGUCAUCUGAAGACGGAGAUGCAAAUGGUAACAGCUACGAGACCUUCGAUAUCAACAAGCUAUUCGUUGAUGAAGGAGAUGAAGAGAAAUCUCAAGACCGGACUAAACCUUAUUCUCUCGGUCCCAAGAUCUCUGAUUGGGAUGAGCAGAGACGAGAUUGGCUCAAACAAAACCCUAAUUUCCCUAAUUUCGUGGCGCCAAAGAAGCCUAGGGUUCUUCUUGUCACAGGUUCAGCUCCUAAACCGUGUGAGAAUCCUGUAGGAGACCAUUACCUCUUGAAAUCGAUUAAGAACAAAAUCGAUUACUGUAGGAUUCACGGAGUCGAGAUCUUCUACAACAUGGCGUUGCUCGAUGCUGAGAUGGCUGGAUUCUGGGCUAAACUUCCGUUGAUUAGGAAGUUACUCUUGUCUCAUCCUGAGAUUGAGUUUCUAUGGUGGAUGGACAGUGAUGCCAUGUUUACCGACAUGGUGUUCGAGCUUCCAUGGGAGAGGUAUAAAGAUUACAACUUGGUGAUGCAUGGUUGGGACGAGAUGGUUUAUGACCAGAAGAAUUGGAUUGGUCUGAACACAGGAAGUUUCUUGCUUAGGAACUCACAGUGGUCGCUUGAUCUUCUUGACGCUUGGGCUCCUAUGGGUCCGAAAGGGAAGAUCCGAGAAGAAGCGGGUAAAGUCUUGACCCGGGAACUUAAAGACCGACCGGCGUUCGAAGCUGACGAUCAAUCGGCGAUGGUUUAUCUUCUGGCGACGGAGAGAGAGAAAUGGGGAGGCAAAGUUUAUCUAGAGAGUGGUUAUUACUUGCACGGUUAUUGGGGGAUAUUGGUAGACCGGUACGAGGAAAUGAUUGAGAAUCAUAAACCGGGUUUUGGAGACCAUCGGUGGCCACUGGUAACGCAUUUCGUCGGGUGUAAACCGUGCGGGAAAUUCGGAGAUUAUCCGGUGGAACGGUGUCUGCGGCAGAUGGAUAGAGCUUUUAAUUUCGGAGACAAUCAGAUCCUUCAAAUGUAUGGUUUCACGCAUAAAUCGCUUGGGAGCCGGCGCGUGAAACCCACGCGCAACCAGACGGAUAGGCCGCUCGAUGCCAAGGACGAGUUUGGGCUGCUUCAUCCGCCGUUUAAAGCGGCCAAGCUUAGUACGACGACGACGUGACUCGUGAGGAUAUAUUGUUUGGUUCUUUUAAUUUUGCGUCUAGGACACAUAUUUGUGUUUUUAUUUCAUUUUAUUUGUUUGUAGUUUCCUUAAUUAUUUUGAUCUCCCAUUGAUGGUGUGGAGUCGUGUAUGGAGUAUUUAAUGAUUUAUUGUAGAUGUAAUUUCAUCAUAAUCACUUUGGGAAAUG